AUGCGAGCUACUCAGACCCUCAUUGCCCUUAGUGGCGUUCUCGGCCUCGCUCAAGCAGGCCCUUGCAAGCCUCAACCUCCAUCUUCCAUCGUCUCCAGCACUGUUGUCAUCAAGAGUGCUACCAGCACUGGAUCUGUCCCUCAGCCCACCACCACUGCCGGCGAAACCAGCACUGUUGAGACUACCUCUGUUCAGCUCAGCACCAACGAGAUCACUUCUACCGAGACCGAAGUCCCCACCACUACCGCCGCCAUUGAGACCAGCGCUACAUCCGCCACCACUGAUGUCCCCGUUCCUACUCCUUGCGCCAUCGAGCCCGGAUGCCAGGCCGCCGGUUUCAACGUCGACUACUACAAGAACGUCUUCGAGCGCGGCUACGGAAACGACGAGAUGUCCGUUCCUCCCUCAUAUUACAUCACCGAUGACCUCACCCCCCUCGACUCCUCCGUCACAAGCGAGACAUACUUCGCCCAAGAUUACAUGCAGGAUCUUGCUGGAUACCCUCAGAUCUUCCCUGAUUCCGCUUACGCCGGAAAGGCUUGGUACGUCGGCUACCAUCGCACUCUCGCCGGUGGUAUCAAGGUUGACGCCAACAACUUCACACUGGUUUACACCGGUUACUACAAGGCUCCUGAGACUGGAACCUACGAGCUCUGCGUUACUGCUGAUAACGCCAACACUCUUUACUUCGGCCAGGGGAACGCCUUUGAGUGCGGAACUGGCGAGACUGAUCCUAACGCUCCUGCUCUUGUCCUCACUGCUACUGGAUAUCACUUCAACAACCCUACUCAGUGCGGUCAUGUUGAUCUUAUCGCUGGACGUCACUACCCUGUUCGCAAUGUCAUGGGUAACAAGAAUGCUGUUUCCGCGUUUGAGUUUUCUGUUAAGACUCCUAGUGGUGAUAAGACUCAUGACUUUUCGGGCCAGGCUUUCCCUGUUGCUUGCGGAGUGAAGAACUAA